UGGCAUGCGUCCUAACUAAAGAAGAGAGUGAGUUUGGGUAAAGUCUACGGUUUGGGGGGAAGAGCUGGGAUUAUGGAAAGGAGCGUCGAGGUUUGUGUGCCCAGUAUUUAUUUGCUCGGCGCUCUGUAGCUGCAGAUGGGAUAUGGAUUCGAUGUGCGUGUCGCGAAAAGGGAAAAACCAGAAUAUUUUUACGCGAACAUGUUGGUGGAGUAAGGACACUCGGCUAGUUAGCAGACUAUGCUAGCGAGUUUCUCUGUGGCGGGUUUCGUGAGCUCCACGCGGCGCUGCUGAAGUUCAGCAAGAGUACCAAGGUCACGCGACUUCCUCCGCUUUAACACACUCCUGAUAAACUCUUAUCGGUUUCUAUUGAUCUGAAGUCCGGAAUAUGUGUGAGGAUGAGUCGGAGAGACACCCUGGUUCAUCUGUUUGCUGGAGGAUGUGGUGGUACAGUGGGAGCCAUUUUGACGUGCCCUUUGGAGGUGGUAAAGACGAGGCUGCAGUCUUCCUCCAUAACGCUUUAUAUCUCCAGCGUUCAGCUCAGCACAGUGAAUGGAGCCACCAUGACCCGAGUGGCUACCCCCGGCCCCUUACACUGCCUCAAGAUGAUUUUGGAGAAGGAAGGCCCUCGUUCUUUGUUCCGAGGUCUUGGCCCUAAUCUAGUAGGAGUUGCCCCGUCGAGGGCGAUUUACUUUGCCGCCUACUCCACUACUAAGGAGCGAAUGAACAGCAUGCUGGAGCCCGACUCCAUACAGGUCCACAUGGUGUCUGCUAGCAUGGCCGGAUUCACGGCCAUCACUGCAACCAACCCAAUCUGGCUAAUCAAGACCCGACUGCAACUGGACGCCAGGAACCGUGGCGAGCGGCGGAUGAGCGCGCUGCAGUGUGUGCGACGUGUGUAUCAGACAGAUGGCCUGCGUGGGUUUUACCGCGGCAUGUCUGCAUCGUACGCCGGGAUCUCAGAGACCGUCAUCCACUUUGUGAUCUACGAGAGCAUCAAACGGCGCCUCCUGGAGACCAGAGCAGCUACUCGCAUGAACCAAGAGAACGAGACCACACGAGACGCCUCCGACUUCAUGUACAUGAUGAUGGCUGCUGCCACCUCCAAAACCUGCGCCACCUGUAUAGCUUACCCUCACGAGGUUGUCCGGACCCGGCUGAGGGAGGAAGGCACCAAGUACCGCUCGUUUCUGCAGACAGUGACUAUGGUGUUCAGGGAGGAAGGGUUCAAAGCGCUCUACCGAGGCCUCACCACCCACCUAGUGCGCCAGAUCCCCAACACCGCCAUCAUGAUGGCCACCUACGAGCUCGUCGUCUACCUUCUCGACCGCUAACCUCAUCACCCGACCUGAAAAAGGCUCAGAUUUGGAAAAGCUGCUGCUCAUAGUGCCAAUAGAAUCUCCUACUCCAAAGACACAAAUGUCAAGAGGAAAUUUAAAACAUUUUAGAGCGUGCAUUAGGAAGAAGACACUUGGAGACUGCACCAUUGUGAUGGGCGUAACAAACAAAAGAGGAAACGUAUAUUUUUCCAAUGAAGUUGCCCGGUGUAUGCUAAUCUGCUUCCAAAGUGUAAGAACGAACACACUCAAAGAUGCUUGAAGAAACACGAGAACUGUUUGAACAGUGCUUAUUUACCUUUAACAGAAAUCAGCACGUUUUCAGUGACUGUUAUGUUUUUGUUUGCAUUUACACAAAAGCAAGAUGGUUAUUCUUAUGUAAAAUAAGAGACUUUAAAAGUAGUGGAUGGUCAAAUGUACGUGGCAUUGUCCUGAUAUUUGCCGGCGUGCAGACUCUGGGCUGUUCGGUCAAGCCGACAUUAAAAAAAACGAUGCACUUAGAUGCCAUAAGGAAGCAGGAGUUCUCCUGUUCCAGCCCUGCAGCGGUGUGGGGGCGUUUAAACAGGGUUGUAUGUGUGAAUAUGGUGUGUACAUAUCUAUGUUUUGUAUAUUUUGUGUCUUUUUUUUUUUUUUUUUUCUGACUAAAUGGUUGCUUUUGCUUAAUAUAUUAUUAACACAUGAAUGUAUAUGCAAAUGUGACCAAAGUAGGAACUUGGUCUUACUAAAGCCGUUACUGAUUUGCCACUUCGAUGGUCUCGUCACCUGUUUGAGUUUUAUGUGGGAGGAAAAUAUUUCAAUCUUUUUUGUUUUUCAGUCUAUGAGCAACAAACGUUGCAUUUUGUGGAUGCCAAAUUCUGGAGACCCCUGUACCCCAAAUUCACUCGGUCAGCCACUUUUUAGAUGCUUAUUAUUUUGUAUGAGACCUACAAGGUUAAUGUAACUACCAAGUAAUAGAAGGUUGUAUAUAUAUUCCUGAGUCACACAUUUUCCUCACAGGCUCAGUAACUCAAUAUGUACAUAAAUAGUUUAAUACACUUCAAUAAAAUGACUAUUGUAACUCAAUCGGCUCUUAUUUUAGAAUUAACCGUCCACCUGUGAGCCACAUUUCCUGCAUAAACCUAAUGCUUGAGUGUGCUAAGAAUGAUUGUGGUACUUGCUUCAGCACAAACCUAUGACUGAGCUUUUAGAAACUUUAUAAGCAUGAUGGUUUAACAUUAGUUAUAGCAACUGCUAAAUUGUUGCCUUUAACAUUGUAGCUAUAGUGCAAGCAGAAUGUUCUCAAAUGAUUCCUGGCUGACCGACUAAACUUGGGGUACACGCUGUGGAGGAUGGUGAGAUGCUGAGUUUUUGGGAUGUAUGUAAUUUUGUUUUCCUUUCUUUUUUUUAUUUGAUCACAAUGCAAUCCUAGUUCAUUUCUUCCUUUAAUGUUGCUGUAUUUUUAUUUAUGUAUCUGUCGUUUUUUUUUGUCACUCACUCCAAACUUCCUCCCACCAGAGCGUCCAGUGUUCAUCUCACUCAGUAUUGUGUUUAUAAUCUUCAUCUUCAUCGUCCUUUUAUCACAUAUACUGAUUGCUCCACAGCUGAGAAAUGUUCACAAACCUUCACAAUAAAAGCAUAUGCAUUGGU